AUGCGCUACGAGAGUGUCUUACUUCGUCUAAGUGACGAAGAGCGUGAGGAGUUACAACUUCUCAUUGCUGCGUUAAAUGUUAGCGAGUACACCGACGACGUCGACGAUAUACGUCGACUGAGUGCCCGCGAUGACCGAAUGUGCCGCUGCAUCCGCGAGCUCUUCGAUACAGUAUUGGGUCUGUACGUUGCCUCCGGCAGAGUUCCACGUGAGAUGAAGGAGGGAAUUGCAAGUGGCAGAGCCUCCACGCAGAUGACGCUGAAGAUACUUCCCUCACUCUUCGAGAUAUUUCGGCGCCACAAGCGGCUAAACCCCUUCAGCAAUAGAAGUGAAUUCGGGAAGUUAACCAUGCUCCUCCAGGACCUGCGGAAGCCAACGGUCCAACAGCGGCUAGAGAUAUGCCACAGUCUCAUAAUUCCUGUGAAGACGGUUGGAGGGGAAUUGCAACGUGUUGGAGCCGAAGCGAUGCUGAGAGAUCCUGACCUUGGGGAAUAUUUGAAUUCUUUCGAUAAGAACAAGGUCACCGCCUUUGACCGACUCCUGGGACGUUAUGGAGGUGCCGAGAGCUCAACUGUUGAGCGUUGUCUGCGUUCCAUUGACGAUGUUCAUCAGUUCCUCGAAAGUAAUAUUCGGCCCCUAGUGUGGAUGCGUAAUAUAAUUAGUGAAGAGUUUUGUCCAUUAGACAAAAACUGUAAAUACAAUCUGGCUAUUCAGCAAGGCGUUGAUGGAUCGUUGCUUACACACGAACACAGUGUUCAAUGUGCCUACGUAAUCGAGUCUCUUUCCCUGUGGAUAAAGGUGCAGCAGAGCAUCUUUGAGUUUUGGCAGGUAUCAGAGGACGAUAUGCUCAUCGACGGGAGUGGGCAAUACUCCCUCGUGAAUACUGGGCAGGGGUAUCAUCGGUUGUGUCAUGCGCGUAAAAGUUACGCUCGUAUGUCAAGGGUUGUGAAUGAGACAGAACAUCAGCUGGGUCGUUGGAUUGGGAUUAAGGUUAUUCACCUAGGAGAUCGGGAUGUCCCUAACCCCCUGGUGUUUAUCGACAAGUAUACCGUGAUUCCCCGUAUAGUGCAGCCUAUAAUGCAUGUCAUGAUGGCGCUUGAGAAAAUAUUUUCCCCCGAUGCCAAAGAGGAACAUCCGGGUGUCCGUAACUUUCUGCGUUCUAAGUACAGCUCCUUCCCUGAACUUCGAAUGACGAUACUAUCAGAUUUUUUCCGGCACGCUUUUGACGGCUCGGGCGACGAUGGAGGGAACUGCAUCGAUGGGAGACUAACCUCAGCAUGGAAUUGGUGUCACCAACUGCAUAAAAAGUCGUUCUAUGACGCGUUUGUCUUAACAGGCUUCAAUGGAUUUGACUAA